UGCCAAGAUCAGCGUUUUCCCGUUUUGUGCGUUUCGCCCACUUUAAAAGUUUCCCCAACUCAACCCCCAGGAAACACAGCUUGCCUUGGAUUCCUGAUAUAUCUCUAGUCAAGGGCGAAGACCAUCAUCUGAAACGGUUGUUGGCAGUGGUGGCACUCGAGGACGAUACAAGGCAACUUUCUAGGGAAGUUGCUCCAGUCAAACUGCCAUUGGUUUCGGUUCUACUGGGAUUUCCAGCUUUCCACGUCUUGUGACACGAUGUCGUCCGACAAGCUUGGCCUACUUUUUGUCAGUUCGUGCGUUUCCAUGCGAACAGAUGAGAUGAACCCUACCAUGGGAUUUUUGUGCUUGGCAAAGCAGGAGGAACCACUUACAUUCAUUUUUGCUUGGGUACCUCGGAGAACCAUACCAGCAGAUGAGGUUCACAUGUAUUUGGAAGUCGCUGGGAAAACAAGGAAGGCACGAGCGCUUUUUUCACGACCUGACUCUACCACCCUCGUCACAACUCCAACCCAGACGCUCUCGGCGAUAACUGAAGCCAUCUCGGCUCCGUUGGACGACAUUCAAACCAUUGGAAUUGCAAACGAGCUCACCCUUGCGGAUGGUGCAGAAAUCUGCCUAGUGAGGCUUAUUGUAACGCUGACGUUUGAGGGUGCCCAACUGCCAGAUUUAUGGUUUGAGAAGGACGAAUCCGGACGAGCUCCUUCCAUCGUCGAUGUUGAGACGGAAUUGCGCGGUUGGUUCUCGGCGAUAGGGAAGGAUCUAGUAAGGAGAAACCAGGACGACGAGGAGCGCCCUUCUAGCUCCACUCCAUACCUUUAUGAUCUCAGGCCAAAAUCUAAUGAAGUAACGCGACCAGAGUCCCCACAUAGAUGGCCCGAAGGAUGGCCAAGUAUUCCCCAAGGUUCGACGAUACAUCGCAUUGGAACGUACGGAUUUAACGUUGUCACGAACAUAGUUGGCCAGCCUAUGGCAGACAAAAUUGAGGGUGCUGGAUGGAAUAUGCUAGAGCGAUUUUCGAAAGUGACAAACUACGCCAAGAGUACGACAGUCCAGGUACUGGAGCACCCCCUAGCUAGACCAAUCCUUCCUUUCAUUCCCCAAAACAUCCGUUCCUACUUUCUGUCCUCUGGAGAAGCUGAGGCGCUACUGGAGGAAUAUGAACCGGCUGGCCACUAUCUUGCGGUCUUUGCAGCAGAACUGCAGAGCAGACUGGGCCAACACCCACCGCAAUUGCUGGAUCCCACCAAGGAUACAACGCGGGAUUUUGAAAAUCUGGCGGCAGGACGACAGCAUCAUCGAACAGGGCGGCCCCUUUCUGCAGAACAAUGGGUAUCCUGGUAUGAUACCGAAGGGCGAUUAACUGUUUCUGAGCAAGAGGUCAAGGCGGUCAUUUUUGUCGGGGGAGUGGAAGCCGACAUACGCGUCGACGUGUGGAAAUACCUGCUAAAAGUAUAUCCAUACAACUCUACCGAGGUGGAACGUGCGGAACUAGUCAAGGAGAAAAGAGCCCAAUAUGCAGAUAUGAAAGCUCAAUGGAUGGCCAUCUUGACGGAUGCGGCGAACGCGGACGCAGCUGCUCUUGCAGCCGGGCACAAGCUUGAGGAGCGGGAGACACAGGCGGGCGAUGAAAAGGAAGAUGCUGACGUGGUCACAAAGAUUCGAGAGCGGAAAUAUCGCGUUGAAAAAGAUGUUGUUCGCACAGAUCGUACCGUACCGUUCUUUGCUGGCCCACAAACUGAAACAAAUGGGGCCACUUCCGUGUCGCCAUCGGACAUGCAAGAGGUUAUCGGGGCAAAUCCUAAUCUUGAGAUGUUGCGAAAUGUUCUCGUAACCUAUACUGUCUAUAAUUUUGAGCUAGGUUAUGUCCAAGGAAUGAACGACCUACUAGCACCGAUAUUGGUAGUAAUGCAGGAUGAAACCGACUCAUUUUGGUCCUUUGUAGAGUUCAUGAACAUUAUGCAGUCAAACUUUUUCCGAGAUCAGAGUGGAAUGCGCUCACAGCUGCGGCGGUUGGAGCUUCUCAUUAAGUUUGUCGAUCCAUAUUUGUACGCGCACAUGGAGAGCACGGAUAGCAUCAACCUGUUUUGCUGUUUCCGAUGGCUUCUGAUCCUUUUUAAGCGCGAGUUUGACUUUGGAGACUGUAUGCGGCUUUGGGAGACGUUGUGGGUAUGCCCCUUGACCAAGCAUUUCCAUCUUUUCGUCGCUCUUGCAAUUUUGAAUCGCCAUCGAAAGGACUUAAUGGGAAAGGCGGCUUUCGAUGAGACGUUGAAGUUUAUAAAUGACUUAUCCAACCAGAUACCUCUUGAAAGCACGCUCGAACGGGCUGAGGUACUAUUUCAGGUUUUCCGCGACCGUAUAGGAGAAACGGCGCGUGAGCGCCUUGGCGUGGAUCUGGCAGUCGAUGCGCCCCCAAUUGCAUCUGGCAGCUUUUUACGUCCACCUGGCAAGAGCGUCCAGAGGUCGCCGUCUCCAGUUUCGGAACGAGGACGGUCAAGGGAAAAGCAACGAGACGCCAUGAAGGAGUUGGAGUGUACCGAGGAGGAGCUGUGGGAGUUGGUGUCACUGUUGGAAAGGCGAUAACCUUUUCAAUUUUGGGAAUAUGGUAUGAGUGACAAGAGUUGUAGCAGUAUAUUUGGGGGAAAUUUUUGCGGUUCGAAGUAUGUGUUGAUAAACGUUUGUUUUUGGUCUGACAUUUGGUUAGACAGCCAUUCCUUGAACUGGUCUUCGUUCUCUCUUCGUUCGCACUGGGA